UCAUGUGAUGUAUGUAGGCAACACAUAUAAGUACUUUUUUCUACCCCUACAGGCUUUAAGUAGUGUUGUGGAGCUUUGAGUUUUAUAUGAAAUAUAGUAUUAGGUCGAGAUGGAUAGAUAUGAUUGGAUAAAAAAAACCUUCAAAUUCCCCUCCACACCCUCAAGCCCACUGAAUCUACCCGAUGCCUCCCUUCUGCGCCCCAUUGUCGUGGGUUAAAGGCCACCGUCGGCCAUCCCCAUGUCUACGUGGCUUGGGCAUUAGGCUUUAGCCCUUCCAAGCCUCACAACCGGUAGAAUGAUGAUAUAAUAUCAAUUUAGUUAUUCAUGACAUAAUUGUACGUGCAGGAUACGAUAAGCAUCAAGAUGAUGAGUACAAAUCAGCAACCACCAAAACUUCCUCUUCGGGAUCUACUUGAUAGUAGUGAAGACUACAACAAUAUAUGUAUUCCUCUUUAUAUUGCUUUAAUUAAGGGAAAUUGGAAAUCUGCAAAUGUAAUCCUAAGUAAACAAGAAAAGCUGGUUAGGUGUAGCAUCACGGAAAAUUGGGAAACUGCACUUCAUAUUGCGGUUUCAGUCCAGAACAUCAGUUGUGUGGAAGAACUUUUGAAUAUAAUGAAGGAGGAGGACCUAGAGCUGCAAAAUAAAGAUGGUAACACAGUCCUAAGUUUCGCAGCAUCAGCUGGGAACAGGACAUUGACUGAGAUGUUGGUGAAUGCGAACGAAAACUUGCUAAAUAUCCCAAACGGAAGGAACAUGAUGCCACUCCACAUGGCUACUAUAUUUCGUAAGCAUGACACCAUGGAAUAUUUGUAUGCUAAUUCUCCAAAAAUGGCUGACGAAGACGGUUGGACAGAUGUGACUCGACGUUGGUUCCUAACAGAAUGCAUCGACGCUGAUUUUUGCCAUGUCGCACUAAAAGUAUUGAAUGAUCACCCCGAACUUGGCCUAAACGAGAAAGUACUUGAAGCUUUGGCUAGAAGACCUAAAGCAUAUGAUGACAGAGAUUCACAAUUUUCCUGGAGAAAGUCGUUUUCUGGAGAAUAUGCGAAACAAAAGAAAAAGGAUAGUGAUGCCAUGGAGUUACUUAGAAAAAUCUGGAAAGAGAUAACGAAAAUGCCUAGGGAGCACAUACUCAAGGGCAAGGAAGGAAAAUACUCUCCUCAGGUGCUAUUUGAUGCUGCAGAAAUGGGCAACACUGAGUUUUUGGUGGAGAUCAUUAGUCAGUGUCCUGAUCUCAUGUGGACGGUGAAUGCUAACAAGCAAACCAUAUUUCACGUAGCUGUCUCUCAUCGUCAUGAGAGAAUCUACAAUCUAUUACAUGAGAUAGGGUCUAUGAAGGACAUGAUAGCUGUCCAUGUAGACACGGAAGGAAAUAACAUCUUGCAUUUAGCUGGGAUGGAGCCAAAGAACUAUAAUGGACUUCAUCAUAUAAGAGGAGAUGUCUUUAAAAUGCAAUGGGAGUUGCUAUGGUUCAAGGAAGUAGAGGCUAUGGUCCCUUUUUCGUACAGACAACAGAUGAACAAUGAUGGCGAAACACCACAUGAAUUAUUCACCAAGAAUCAUAAAAAACUAGCUUCUACCGUCGAAAUUUGGAUGAAACAAACUGCCACACAAUGCAUCGUGGUUGCUGCUCUCAUAGCAACCAUAGUAUUUGGAGUAGCUUUUACGAUUCCAGGUGGGUAUGAUCAAACUAGUGGUUUUCCUACGUUUAUGGGAAAAGAAAUCUUCAUUGCCUUUGUCAUAUCAGAUGCUAUAUCUUUGAUCUUCUCCGCAGUUUCAAUCCUUGUGUUUUUAUCUGUCUUAACAUCUGGUUAUGAUGAACAAGAUUUCCUUAAAUCAUUAUCCCAAAAACUUGUGUUAGGUUUAGCAACACUUUUCCUCUCUGUAUUGACAAUGUUGGCCGCUUUUAGCUUGAGCUUCUUUGUGCUUUAUCACAGCAAGUUGAUCUGGGUACCAAUCGUUAUCAGUAUAGUGGCUGUUGUACCUGUAGUUUUAUAUACUAUAUUUUACGGUUCUCUUAUGGACGUGUAUCACCUGUAUCACUCAUCAUAUGGUUACAAGUAUAUCUUUGAGUCAAAGCAACAGUUGCUUUAUCAGAACCCAAAGUACUAACUGGUGUCUUUGGGUUGUGUACGUUACUUUUAAGAUCAUGUAUUCUGUUGAAGCUACGAUAAUAUGUUGUAAGAUAUUUUAAGGAUCAUGUAUUCUGUUGAAGCUACAAUAAUAUGUUGUAUGAUUGUUUGCAUAUCCUUUGUAAUGUGAACACAUAAUGUCCUUUUGUCA